ACACACAAAGAGUGUGUGUAUCGGCGAUGGAAGCCAGCCUGACGUGUGCCGUAUGUCUGGGCGUGUUCCGGGAUCCGGUAACUCUGCCGCUCUGCUCCCAUAACUUCUGUAAGAGCUGUGUACUGGAAUGCGGCGAGCCUCCCUGCCGGAGCCUUCACUUCGGCUUGUCAGUGCCUUCUCAGGUCACGUGCCCCCUGUGCCGUAAAGUCAGCUCCAUCCCCGGCGGCCUGUCCGCUCUGCCCGUCAAUACUACACUAGCGGAGCUGGUGCGGCUGCUGUCCCUGAGCGGGGGCCCCAGGGAGCGGGGGGCCGUGUGUGGCCAGGAGCCCGACUAUGGUGAGAGGGGGGCGGUGGGCCACUGUCCGGAUCACCCGGAACACAAGCUGGAGCUCUUCUGUAAGAACUGUGCUGUUCCUUGCUGUGGGAAGUGUGUGUCCUGCAACCAUCAGGGGAUCUUCCACAACGUCAACCUCCUAGACAUGGUGUACCAGGAGGAGAAGCUGAUAUUUUUCAACAGUUUAAAAAAACUUCGAGAAAUGCACGGAAAAUUCACAAAGAACACAUCAGAUGAGGCCAAGGAUGUAAAGGAUACACUGAGGAAGAACUUGGACAUGGUUAAUGUAGCAUUUGAAGAAGCGUAUAAGACUUUGGAUUUAAAGAAGAAACAGUGUUUGGAACUCCUCAAACAGCAACAAAACACCGCUAUAAAACGCCAUGAAGUCCGUAAGAAAGCAAUGGCUCACCACAAAGUCACAGUUGAAAGCCUUCUGAAGGAUUGUGAAAGCCUUGUGGAUGAAUUUGAACCGAAAUGCUUUCUCCAGAUGGCUUGCAGUCUAAAUAAAAAAAUGACCUCUAACCUUGACCUGAUGGAACUCACUGCCUCUCAUGAUCAAGAUGUUGUAAAUGCAGAACUUAUUCAUGUGGAUGUCAAGCCAGUACUGGAUGCCAUUUCUGCAGUGACUAUUACAACAAGCGCUUCUAAUGUUUUUCAGCCUAAAUUUAAUGGAAUUUCAGUUAAAACCAUAACUAAAAUAUGGAAACAUGACCAAACGCCCACUAAGAAAUACUCUCCUGUCCAAAGUCAAGAGUUCUGUUAUCUUCAAGGUCAAAUACAAAAAAUGGCCAUUCGCUUGUUAUCUAUAACAGAGAUGCCAGAGUAUAAACACAUGAGCUUUGAGGAACUUCGAAUGAAAUAUUAUAAGGACUCCAUCAUACAGGAAAAUAAUGAGGUUUCUUCUUCUGAAAGACCAAGGCAGCCUUUGUCUAGUGCUGAAGACAAUCCUAACUCUGAAACAGCUGAAGCGGAUAGGACGAGCGCUAAAAUGAGAAGAUCAGCAGAGUUUCCAGGGGCCUGUUCGCUCAUUAUAAAUAAGCAAGACACCACUGCCAAGACUGAAUCAAAAAUGGAGAUUGCACUGGAGCCCCGAAAGGAUGAUCAGAAAGCAGUUGUGUUUCAUUUCCCAACCAAUGCAGUAGUUAGGGCCAAAGAGCCUGUAACCUUUUCCUUGAAAGGAGUAGCCAGUGGAGUGUCCCUUGAUAAUAAAGUACAGAAACAGACUGAAGCCAACAAAGAAGCAAACACUGCUAAGGUUGUUCCAAGCUUUUGUUUGGGCAAGUCUGAUGCCACAGAUUUAGCCAAGCUCAGCAGAAAUGGAAAGUCAUGGAAAAAGCCAAAGACUGCAUCAUUUUUACAGACCACAGCAAGUGCUGAAUCUUCCAUAAGCAAGCCAUUUUUCAUUUUUAGCAAUAAAACAAACUCUGAAACCAAAGUUACAGACCCCUUUUUCAAUCCAUUCAGCCAGCAGGAGUGUAAAGCACAAGGAAAUGAAGACAAGUCCUCCCCCGAGGACCAUACUGCACAAUCUAGCACCUCUGAAGAAUUUUAUGAUGCGAAAUCAGAUGCCGAAGAGACCGAACAGGCCAGGACAUCUAACAGUACAGGAUAGGAUGUUGUGACCAGAAA